CCAAUCCCCAUCCGCUCACACCAUCUCAGCCUCAGCACUUCCUUUCCACCCUCGCCACCUGCAAAGCAUCAAUCCAAACUCGCCUCAACCCGCCACCAACCUCUUCAAAAAUGCGAUUCAUCGUAGCCAUCGCCGUAGCUCUUACCCCCCUGGUCAGCUCAAUCGCUCUCCCAGUUUCACCCUUCAUCAGUGGUCUCUACGGUCCGGGAAACGGAGGUCGGGCAUCAGGCUUUGCUGUGCCCUACAACUAUGGACCACACGGAUCUAGCGCUUACCAGUACCAGACAGAUUAUGACCGUAACGGCAGAACGACCGUCGACUCACCUGGUUACCACUAUGAUCAUCAAUAUGACGACAACGGUCACACCUCGGGCAGUGGAUACACUUUUUUUAGCAAGGAGGCCAAACCCGACGCGACACUCGAUGCCAAGAAUGAAGCAAAGUAGGCGGUUAAGGAUUGGCUCACCGUCAUGAUAAAAUCACACAGGACGGUCACAUCGGCGCGCUUGUUCAUUUUUCACUGGAUUAAACCUGCUCUGCCGCACUCAUAUCUAGCUUUCUUUUGUCAUUGAGUCUCUAUAACGUCGUCACGAUCCUGUCUACGCAUUACUAUCCCCUGUAUUUCAAUUGUUGUACUCGCACAUCCGGACUUUUUUUCUGUUUCUUACUUGAAAAUCCCGCUAUGUUUAAGCCCA